GAUUUUGAGAGAGAAUUUUUUUUCUUUAAAAAGUGAUAAAAAUGGAGGACUAUCAUGAACUCUUCUUUUUAUAAACAUACGAUAGUUUGCUACUUCUCUUUCCUUCUCAAAGUACCUAUCUCCUUUGUCCCCUUUCUCCCUCAACUAUGGUUUGAGUGUAAUUCAGAGCCAUGUUAGAUUCCUUCAUCUGUCAAUCAUCGAUUCACCUCCAUAUAAUUGGUUUCAUCCUCCAUAAUUGCUGCUUCUGACUUUUGACACUCUAAAUGUCUCGUUUUUCUUCUCUCGUCUUCCUCGAUAACUCCCCUGUUUACACAGCUCUGAGCUCGGAAUUCAACUUUAAUGGUGUCUGGAAAGGUGGGUCAGUUGUUUGAUUGAAGAUUAUAUGGUCCCCAUGCCCAAAUCACGACUUGGAUUGAAGCUUUCUGCAACUGGGUUUUAUAACGAAUUUUGCAAUGCAAGCAUCUGAUUACAAUAGAUCCGCUAUAUCCAACGCUUUUUACUGUCAAUCGAUGCAAGAAUUCGAUUCGUUCUGUAAGCCCCAAGCUCAAUGUUUAAAUGAUCUCAGCCGUGGAACCAAUUACUUGGCCAAAUCGGAACCCUACUGCACCCUCGAAUCCUCCUCCGCUAACGGCAGUUGCACCACCAUGUACUACUCGCCCUCCACUCUCUCUUCCUCGCAGAACGAACCUCAUUCCCCUGACGUAAGCAAUUUCAGGUAUAAAUUGCGCCAGUUAGAGACUGUAAUGCUCGGAGAUUCAGAUUUCGAAGAUGAUGCCGGAAACGGGAGAUCAUUCACCGGCGGUGUAGUAGACUUGCCGGAUUUAGAAAUUUGGAAAGAGAUGAUGGUGGGUUUUCCAAGACGAGACCUGAAACAAGUCCUCAUUGCUUGUGCUAAAUCCGUUUCCAAUAACGAUUUCUCAAAAGCUCAAUUGUUAAUAUCGGAGCUCCGGCAAAUGGUGUCAGUCGCCGGAGAACCAAUCCAGAGGCUGGGUGCUUACAUGCUGGAAGGACUAGUAGCUAGACUUUCUUCCUCGGGCAGCACAAUCUACCGGUCAGAUCCUCCAUUAAACACCCACACACUAUAUGAAAUCUGCCCGUACUUCAAAUUCGGUUACAUGUCCGCAAACGGUGCAAUAGCAGAAGCGAUGAAAGACGAAAAACAUGUCCACAUCAUCGACUUCCACAUCGCACAUGGGACCCAAUGGGUCCCACUGAUCCAGGCAUUUGCAAAGAGACCUGGUGGUCCCCCGCAUAUCCGGAUCACGGGAUUCCACAACUCAACAAGUGAGUUGGGUCCCGUUGGCAAAAGGCUAUGUAAGCUUGCAAAAGCCUACAAUGUGCCUUUUGAGUUUCACACUGAAUCCGGACCUGAAAAUUUUCAGGCCCGACCAGGUGAAUCACUAGCAGUAAAUUUCGCUUUUGUUUUACAUCAAAUGCCCGAUGAAAGUGUGAGUAUCCGGAAUCAUAGAGACCGGGUGUUGAGGCUUGUUAAGAGUAUGAAGCCGAAGGUUGUAACCCUAGUCGAGCAAGAAUCUAACACAAAUACUGCCCCGUUUUAUCCUCGGUUUCUUGAAGCUCUCGAUUAUUAUAACGCGAUGUUUGAGUCGAUUGACAUCACGUUGCCACGUCAUCACAAGGAAAGGAUAAAUAUCGAGCAACAUUGUUUGGCCCGUGAUGUUGUAAACAUUAUAGCGUGUGAGGGGGGUGAACGUGUUGAAAGGCAUGAGCUUUUGGGGAAGUGGAAGUUGCGAUUCGGUAUGGCGGGGUUUAGCCCGAGCCCGAUGAGCCCCUUGGUGAACCAAACGAUCAAACGGUUGUUAAAGAAUUAUAGUGAGAGAUAUAGACUUGAAGAAAGAGAUGGAGCUUUGUAUCUUGGAUGGAUGAAUCGUGAUUUAGUCGCUUCUUGUGCUUGGAAGUGAUCGAAUGUCUCGUUUUUAUAGUUUUCGGUAAGUUAGAACGAAAUGUAACCGAGACAAGUUUUUUAAUGAAUCAAUGAUUAUAUAUUGAUCUA